AGCCCUGUUGGCUCAGAGCUUGGUGGCUCGUCUGAGCUCGUCUUGAGCGGACAUGCCUCGUCGGCGCCCACAUGGUCGGCUUCCUGGCCGAGACCGCCCAACGGAUUGUAUGCAGUAUGAGGGCGGGAUUGGCCGCUGGACUCUGAGGUUCCAAAGCGCAGGUCUUGAGACGGGCUUCAUGCUUUCAAGGAGGCAGCGGCUGACCGAAUGGACGUCCAUUAUGAUGGUCUGGCUAGUCAUCCUGUGCUCCGGCAUUUCUCUAGCGCAGAACUUCUGGAAUGUUGACCAGUACCCCACAGAUGCGGCUAUGAGGUCCAGGAAGUGGCAGGUGACUGUGUUCUAUGGCGGCACGGGCGUGUUGGCAGUGAUGUUGAUCGCGGCGAAGGCGGUAGACCGAUACCACGUGUCGCCGCGAGUCGCAUUGUUGUACAUGGAGUUCACCACGACCGUGGUGAGUGCUGUCUGCAUGCUGAUGACAAUCGGUUGCAGCCGCUUCUAUCUCGCGAUAAUGUUGGGCUACGACGAUCCCAGCGCAGUGUGGGGCCGCGAUCUUGGGUACACUGACGGCCUGAACCUGCUCUGCCUCAAUCUGUGUGGGUCAUUCGGGCACCUGGCUCCCGUCCGUUGGGUGUUUGUGUUCCCGCUGGAGAUUACUCUGGUGCUUGUGUUCGAGCUGCCGAUCUUUGCGUUUGGCAGCCCAUCUCCGCCGCAAACCCUCCCACUCUUCUCCCUCUGUGCGGUAUCGCUGGCCCUCUUGGCGGCCGUCGGAAAGCGGCACAGCGAAGUACAGGACCGGCUCCUCUUCAAGAGCCUGCUGUCGGAGAAGAAGUUGAGGUUCGCUGCCGAGCACGAGCUCGCCAGGCGGCAGGAGCCGACCGUCGCCACAGAUGGCUCGGGCACCCUCACGGCGAUCUCCACGAUCGGCUCUCGCCCGGGCACGACGGCCACGUCGCUAGCCUUCGACGUGGAGUGCGGUGACGGCCUCGCGAAGAUCCGCGAAGUCGGCAUCAGAGAGCACUGGCUCAUCGAACACAGGGAAGUCAGGGCGCUGCCGGACCAAGUCCUCGGCAUCGGCGGGUUUGGCGUCGUGUUCGCGGGGACCUACCACGGCACGCCCGUAGCCCUGAAGGCGCCCAAGAGCGACCUCGAGGCAAGCCUUCCCCGCCAGAUGUUGCCGGCGCUCUGCAACGAGCUGCGGGUCCUGCGCCGGCUCCGGCACCCCAACAUCGUGCUCCUCUUCGGCGCCAUCAUUGACGAGAGGUUCGAGCGACUUCGCCUCGUGCUGGAGCUCAUCGACGGCGUGCCCCUGCCGCACUUCAUCCAGGCGCCCAAGGCCGAGGGCAGCGAUGGCGAGGGAGGGGGGCCGAGGAUCCAGCCUCGCAGCGGCACCGCCACCGCCAGCGAGCGGCAGCAGGUCGUGCUCGACACCCUGAGCGCGCUGCGCUACCUACAUUCGCGGACCCCGGCAAUUGUCCAUGGCGACCUGAAGGACUCCAACAUCCUUGUGCAGCAGGUGUGCGCCCGUGGCGGCACCGUGGCGCGCGCGAAGUUGCUGGACUUCGGCCUCGCGCGCCUGCUCACCCGCUCGGCGGUGCCCCUGGGAGGCACCACGCGGUGGAGGGCCCCGGAGCUGUUUCGGAGGAACGUCCGUCCAGAGGGGGCAGCCGACGUGUAUUCGUUCGGCCUGCUGAUGUUCUUCACCUCGACUGGGGCGACGCCCUUCGAGGGGCUGGCCUCCAGCGAGCUGGCCCAGAACAUGUUUUGUUCCUCUGACAUCGGGGGCGGCCGCUCGUUCUGACCUGGCCGGAUGGCCCUGGCGACCUGCAGAGCCUGCAGCGCUGGUGCAGCGCGUCGGUGAAGCGGUGCACGCAGGUGAGGCCAGAUCGGCGGCCGACCGUUGAGGCUUUGUGCGAUGAGCUCGAUCGAGGUAUCGAUAUCCUGAGCCGGGCCUCACCGGCGACGCUGAGAGCGACGGAUCUCGGCAGGUUAUCCCUUCUCGUUUGGGCCUCAGCCUCCCUUCGGAGCAGGAGCGCUCGCUCGACUGGCUGUCGACCGAGCUGGCUGUCGUCUUCGACGGUGCAACCUUCGAGGUCCUCAAGACCUCCCCCGCCUUCGACUCCCUGCUCGGCACGUGCCCACCGGGAUCGGCAGUCAGCUCGUGGCUUUUUCCGGAAGACCUGGACGACUUCUGCGACCGAGCCAACAAGUUCUGCAGCUCAGGCGCCUCCUUCUGCACCCUGGACUGGGAGCCGCAGGGCCUCAGGCUACCACACGCCCCAGGCGCUGUGGUGCCUCACUGCGUCUCGGUCAUCAGGGGCGGCCUGACCCUGGAGGAGGGAGUGAUGGCCUGCAUCGUGCUGGACGCGAGCCAGGGCUGCGCCGAGGGGCGCCCCGACGGCGCUCCGGAGGCCCAUCGGAGGAGGGAACAGUCGGGGGCUCGCAGGCAAGCAAGCAGGCAAGAAGGCCAUGCACUCGGCAUCGCUCGGGCGUGUGCAUGUUUCCUUCGGCGAGGACCGUCGAGGAGCAUCCUUGACCAUUUGGCGUACAAACCACGCACGGCACCC